UCCCGCGCUGGCGGCAGAUGGUGGGCUGCGGCGCGACCAGAAAAGGGGGGUCGGGGGGAGAUUUACACUGUCAUUGUGACAUUGUCCCGGCCAAUAAGACGACAAUAGGCUGAGGGGGAAAGAAUCAGGGUUGGGCAAAACUUGAUGUUUUGAACAAGAAAAAAAAAGUGAGGAAAUGUGAUAUAUACGCGUGUUGUCAUUUUUUGCUGCUCUUUUCAUCAGGUUCUGAUCCGGUUCUAUGAGGGACGCGCGAAGAGUUUUAAGAGGUAACUGACAUACGGUGUGAGGUUGAUGAACCUUUCGUGGAUACCGCGUUCGGUGCUCGCUGCUGUAUUUGAACAAAUACAGAAUAUCUUUUCAAAUUAAACGAGUAGCUAUCUAAUUUGAGGAGGAACGCUACAGGUACGAAUAAUGCCAAAUCUGAUGUGCCUGGAUGUGUUUUGAGCGUGUAAAGUUAGUGUAAAUAUCAGGCAGCGGAUGGUGAACGUGGCUGUGAUCCAAAUAACGGGACGCACUUUCCACCAAUGAGAGCAUCCAUGGCAACAUAUGGCACCGAGGCCCCUCCCUCUCCACGCUGCAUCCUCAUUCAUGCCUCCCGACAGUGGUUCGCUGUUAGCCCCCCGGCCCUCGGAGCAACUGUUUGGAUGCGAGCUGCUCGGUUGCACUGACAUCCAAACAGACUUACACACAAUUUUGUGCGGCAGGAGUUAGUUGAACCGAACAGAUGAUUGCGGGUGUUGUAUUUGGACCAUGAUUGAAAACGGUGGCGGGAUCUAUUUAUUCACGUCUUCGCACCUUUAAACGCAAGUGCGAGCGGAUUCACAACGAGACACUCUUCAAAACCUCACACUUUAUCAGCAACUUUAGCUCCCAAAGCUCUCUUUUUCUUCCCACCUCUGCCUUUCUUGCUGCGCCUUGGAGGAGCGCGGCGCCGAUUUUGGAGUGCGUUCCCUCGGUAGGGCUUUGGCUCCCCGGCUGACUUUUUGUUGAGUUUCAAAAAGUGCACCCACCGCUCAGGACAGGGUUUAAAUGUUCGGGAUCCAGGAGCAUUUGAUGCGAGAAGUGAGCGGAUUAAAAGAGAGAAGUCUUGGAGAGGAGAUGGAUCCAGUCCGCUCUUGGGUGCGUAAUGUCGGCGUGGUGGAUGCCAACGUCGCUGCGCAAAGUGGAGUGGCCCUGUCCAGAGCUCACUUUGAGAAGCAGCCUCCUUCCAAUCUGCGCAAGUCCAAUUUCUUCCACUUUGUGCUGGCGCUCUACGACAGACACGGGCAGCCUGUGGAGGUGGAGAGGACCGCCUUUGUGGACUUUGUGGAACACGACAAGGAGCAGACGGGAGAAAAGACCAACAAUGGCACUCACUACAAGCUCCAGCUCCUCUACAGCAACGGGGUCCGUACGGAGCAAGAUCUCUAUGCACGACUUAUCGACUCGGUCACAAAACAGCCAAUUUCAUACGAGGGCCAAAACAAAAAUCCCGAAAUGUGCAGGGUCCUGCUCACUCAUGAGGUCAUGUGCAGCCGCUGUUGUGAGAAGAAGAGUUGCGGUAACCGAAAUGAGACGCCCUCUGACCCAGUCAUCAUUGACAGGUUCUUCUUGAAGUUUUUCUUGAAAUGCAACCAGAAUUGUCUGAAGACAGCGGGAAACCCCAGGGACAUGAGGAGAUUCCAGGUGGUCCUGUCCAGCACUGUGAGCGUGGACGGCCACGUCCUAGCAGUGUCUGACAACAUGUUCGUUCACAACAACUCCAAACACGGUCGGAGGGCUCGCAGACUGGAGCCGGGAGAGUCUGCGGAGAAUACCAUGGAGUAUGCCACCCCUUGCAUCAAAGCCAUCAGUCCCAGUGAGGGCUGGACUACAGGCGGGGCCAUGGUCAUUGUCAUUGGGGAGAACUUCUUUGAUGGACUGCAGGUGGUGUUUGGAAGCAUGUUAGUUUGGAGCGAGCUAAUCACGCCGCACGCUAUCCGUGUCCAGACUCCGCCUCGUCACAUCCCAGGGGUGGUGGAGGUCACAUUGUCAUAUAAAUCGAAACAAUUCUGCAAGGGAGCCCCCGGACGCUUCAUCUACACAGCCCUGAAUGAGCCGACAAUAGACUACGGUUUCCAGCGGCUUCAGAAAGUAAUCCCACGGCAUCCUGGCGACCCAGAAAAAAUGGCUAAGGAAAUUCUGCUUAAGAGGGCGGCAGAUCUUGUGGAGGCUUUGUAUGGGAAUCCACACAGUAAUCAGGACAUGUUGCUAAAAAGAGCAGCCGACAUCGCCGAGGCCCUCUACAGUGUUCCCCGUCCUCACAGUCAGCUACAAGCGCUGCCCAGCUCACCAGCCCAUGGCAGCGUCAUGGGUUUGGGUUCCUACCCUUCCCAAUUAGGUGUCAGCAUCGGGGAGCCGGGGCAGAGCAGCCAAGCUUAUAUUCGCAACUCAAGCAGCUUAUCGCCAAGAGGUUACCCCUCAGCUUCCACACCUCAACAGUCGAGCUAUGGCGGCAGCGGGGCUAUGACGGGAGGCUACGGAACCGUUCCUAUGACCAGUCUAGGGGUUCCUGGCUCACCCGGCUUCAGCAGCGCUUCCCCCACGGGAUCCCCCUACAUCAUGCCCUCCAGCCCGACCAUACCAGGGAGCUCCAGCUCGUCAUCAUCUCUGUUGCCUUUCUCCUCUUUCCCAUCCGCUGCUAAACAGAAGAGUGCUUUUGCUCCCGUGCUCAGGCCCCAGGGUUCCCCUUCCCCUGCCUGCCCCGCCUCAGGCGGUAACAGCUUCAGAGGUAGCCAUCCGACUCACUAUCUGACCCCGCUCUCCGAACUUACGAAUGCAGUCUAACCCCUUCCUCUAACCACGACAACACUUUGACUGACCCAGAUACGCAAAGUGGUUGGAUGUGCAGUACAUGAAUGCAAAAUUAGAAUCAUAGACGUGCAUAUUUUUUUUUCUCUCCAGCGAUGACGGGCCUGGUUGUCCACCCGAUGUAGCAAAUCUACCCCAGACCACUGCUUCACUUAGCCCCUCUUUUGGCACUAAGAGGGCAGGGAGGAUGGAAAUUUGAUCAGUAGCAACCGUGACUAGCUUUGCUACCCGAGGCCAUCCCGCCAUUUUUAGUCCUCCUUUACGCAGGCGGAUGAAAGGGCAAACGUUGAAACUAUCCAAAGACGAGACAUCUUUUCCAGAGGUAGAGGAGAUUACUUCAACCCUAUUUACAGGCAGGCAAUGUUUCUUUGCAAACCAGGCUGGACCAUACCACACUGUGACAUGAAGAAAACCUCAUGGUCCUAAUUCUACCACAAGCUUCAAAAGCUCUGUGUUUUGUUCCGGCGCGCUACCACAUGCCAUAUUCUGCAUUCUUCCAUCACCUGCCCAAAACUUUUGCCAGAGAUGUAUACACGAGCACUGAACCUUUUUGAAUGACGGACAGCUCUGAAAAGCAGGGUGCUAUUCGUCUGCGUAUGGACACUUUAAACAGCAUGUGUGUACACUGUCUGUGAGUUAGUGACAUGUUUUUUGCAGUAGACUUUUUGAAGACAAUUUACAUUCCAGAAACAAAACAAACAAACCCUUUAUUUUUUGUUCUGAUCUCCAAGAUUUUACAAGUGACAAUUGUUUGUCUCAAGGGUUAUUGAUAAAGGAAUUCAUAUAUUGAUUUAUUUAAGUACAAGCAAUUUAACUUAUUAUAGCUAGUUUAGGGAAUAAUAUAAACAUGUUUUAUAAAAGUGAUUCUUUUUCCCGACUGUUGAUUGAGUUAAGUGAACAACGUUGCCACUCAAUUUGAAAUUUUUACUACGUGUGGAUUUCAUCAAAAACUUUUACAUAUCUGCAGUUUUGCAAGCGCUUUGCAUAACCAGGAUUACUGUUGUGCAUUAUGAUUAUGAGUCAGGCCAUAAAAGAAGGUUCUUUGUCCUUGUAUAAAGGAAAAAAAAUGUUAGUUAGCCUUAUUUCAUGUGUAAUGCAUGCUUUGUUGAACCAGUGCGACUCUGUACUGUAAUUAUGUCAUCCUCCAAUGAAAAUUUGACACGAUAGCUUACCAUCAACAUUUUCAGCUUCAUUCAACAUGUUUCUGCAGAGCACAUGUUAGUUACUAUGCAGUACAGUAAAUGAAAGCACAAUAAAAGACAUCAGUACAUAAUGGGUACAACAUAUUACUUUUAGUGACCGAUAUCAAACCAUGAACGCCAUUUUCCGAAUGUGAAAACACGCAGAGUCAAGGACAUUUAUAAAUUCGUUUUUAGAGUUUGGUUAACUUUAUUUAUUUAAAAAAUAUUAGCAAUUUUAAUAUGUUUUGAACCCAUCUUUUUCUUUCAAACGGUACAAACAUGGUGCAAAUGUGAUUUGUAUAUCGCAAGGUGUAAUUAUAUUUUGUGCUCCAAAUAAAACAAUGAAGCAAAUCA